AUGAAGAGAGUUGCUCUUCUUUUCCUGGUAGUGAUCUGUAGCAUGGGAGGAUUGGGACAAAAGAUGAAACCAAAGAAAAGAAGCAAUGGUGAAGAAAUCAAUUUUCGGACUAAAAACAAAGAUGUCUGCACAAUGAGCAUAAGUGGGGAUGAAGAGAUGAAAGCAAGAAUUGAAUGCAAAGGCCAAGGCAAGUCCUACUGGUGUGAAUACACUGGUAUGCCAUUGCUUUGUAAUCCUUUCCGAAACAAUCCAAAAAUGUAUUGGAAUCAAAUCGCCGUGGAACUCAGAAAGCUCCCUCAUGCCUGCGAAUCUACACAAAUAUUGAAGGCCAGCAUGUGCCAAAAGGCUCCUGUGGAUGCUCUCAUGAAGCAAGUAGCUGCUGGUAUGGGGCCAGAAGAUGUGGCAAAUCGGGACAAAUCAUCCCAGAAAACUUCAGCUUCUGUGAGAGGAGCUGGGAAGAGCUCUGUUAAGAAAAUGGGGAAACCUGCAAUGUUACCUCGUAUAAAACCAACGCAGCCUGGUCAAGGUUCUGAAAACGAAACCGAAGCAAUGAAACUGGCACGGGAACAUUGCUGGGAAUCCCUGCAUGAGUUCUGCUCCUACAUUAUUGGCUUCUUUAGAGGUUAA